AAUGGCCGCCAGCGAAACUCAAGGAGACGAUUCUCUCUAUCCAAUUGCCGUCCUUAUCGACGAGCUGAGGACAGAUGAUGUUCAGUUACGUUUGAACAGCAUCAAGAAGUUAUCUACGAUCGCUCUUGCUUUGGGUGUUGAGAGGACAAGGACAGAACUCAUCCCAUUUCUAACAGAUACAAUCUAUGAUGAGGACGAGGUUCUGCUUGCUUUGGCAGAACAACUCGGUAACUUCACUCCGCUGGUCGGUGGCCCUGAAUAUGUCCAUAGUUUAUUGCCUCCACUGGAAAGUCUUGCCACAGUAGAGGAGACUGUUGUCCGUGACAAGGCUGUGGAAUCUCUUAGGACGAUCGCCGCCCAGCAUUCACCCACAGACCUGGAGCAACACUUUGUCCCUCUGGUGAAAAGGUUGUCUGUCGGUGACUGGUUUACAUCCAGGACAUCAGCGUGUGGUCUCUUCAGUGUCUGCUAUGCCAGGAUUUCAAACUCACUGAGGGCAGAACUAAGGCAACAUUUCCACAACCUGUGUGGUGAUGACACACCAAUGGUUCGCCGUGCCGCGGCAGGGAAGCUUGGAGAGUUUGCCAAGGUCGUCGAGAUCGAUUGUAUGAAACAGAAUAUUAUCCCAUUGUUCACAACGCUUGCCCAGGAUGAACAGGACUCCGUGCGCCUCCUAGCGGUGGAAGCAUGUGUUAGCAUUGCAUCGCUCCUGAAUCAGGGCGACCGUGAGCAGUUGGUGAUGCCAACCUUGAGGCAAGCAGCGGAGGACAAGUCGUGGAGGGUUAGAUACAUGGUCGCUGAUAAAUUUACUGAUCUGCAGACAGCUGUCGGGCCUGAGAUCACCAAGAAUGACCUGGUGCCUGCCUUCACUCACCUCCUCAAGGAUUGUGAGGCCGAGGUCAGAGCCGCCGCCGCACAUAAAGUCAAGGAAUUCUGUGAAAAUCUGGCACCGGACAAACGCGAGGAACUCAUCAUGAAUGACAUACUGCCGUGUAUCAAAGAUUUAGUGACAGAUGCCAAUCAACAUGUCAAGUCGGCACUGGCCUCAGUCAUCAUGGGAUUGUCGCCAAUAUUAGGCAAAGACAACACAAUAGAACAUCUUCUGCCACUGUUCCUGAUCCAGUUGAAAGACGAGUGCCCAGAAGUCAGACUCAACAUUAUUUCAAAUCUAGACUGUGUGAAUCAGGUUAUCGGCAUUGCACAGCUCUCACAAAGUUUACUUCCUGCAAUCGUAGAAUUGGCCGAAGACGCAAAAUGGAGAGUUCGCCUUGCUAUCAUUGAAUAUAUGCCUCUUUUGGCCGGACAAUUAGGCGUUGAGUUCUUCGAUGAGAAGCUGACGUCACUUUGCAUGCGCUGGCUAGUCGACCACGUGUACGCAAUCCGUGAAGCAGCCACAAUGAACCUGAAGAAACUGGUGGAGAAAUUCGGCACUGAAUGGGCGCAGAAGACAAUAAUCCCAAAGGUUCUAGCAAUGUUGACGGAACCUAAUUAUCUUCAUAGGCUGACGUGUCUAUUCUGUAUUAAUCUUUUAGCAGAGGCUUGUGGGCCAAAGAUCACAACAGAUCUUCUCUUACCCAAGAUUCUACCACUGGCCCAAGAUUCAGUAGCAAACGUGCGAUUUAAUGUAGCAAAAACUUUACAAAAGCUUGGGAACUCUUUUGAACCAGCUUGUGUGCAAACUCAUAUCAAGCCUGUUUUAGACAAAUUACAAAAUGACACAGACCCUGAUGUUAAAUAUUAUGCUGAGGAGGCAAUGGAAGGGCUGAAGCUGUCGUGAGCCAGCAGCAGCAGUAUGAGUAGUUUGCGGAAUACCUAUUACUAAGCCCGUCGAGAAAAAGGUGGAAAAGUAAUUUAACAAAGACUUUGUGUCAAACUGUGUAGAAAAUAGUAACAUUUGGACAUUUAUUCAUAUUGUUGUUAACACCUGAUGAUUUGAACUUGAGAGCCGCCUGGGUGCUAGGUGUGGAGUCGCUGGGAACCCCUUCUUGUCUGUAGCCAAGGAUUCCAAACUGAGGCAUUGAGAGCUGCUCACAAACGGGAGGUGUUCUCUGCAUUCACAGAAGCUGCUUCAGCUACGGAUGCCAGAUUGGAUAGGGGUUGUAGCUCGAGGAGCAUCAGUGCUCCAGCUAUCAGUUCACAGAUUCAUUCCUUUACAUUGUACAGCUAAGAGGAAGGUUUCUAUUUAAUUGACUUUGUACAUUUUUCACGAUGACCUAUGCUGAUGCGAGAGAUCAGAAUGAGGGUGUUCUUUCAGAGGCUGUAAAGUGCAUGAGCCGACAGAAGUCUAACGGAAAUAUGUAGACUUAGUACCCUACAAUGCCUCAAUGAUUUUAAAUGGCCAAGCACGCAUUAUAUACUGUUAUGAACAAGGAUUGUGUGAUGAUGCUUUUGUAUUCCGAUUGGUGUUGAAUUCAGUGUUUGUAACAAACUUGAUAAAACAUACUAUCUUGCCUUCUUUCAAAUCGUCCCACUUUACACUUGGGUGAGAACAGAAACAGUAAUGCUGUGCUUGGUGUGAUCUACCGUGGGGUAGUUAGACGCAAGUUGGCGUAGAACAAAUACUUACCUGCAUCAUGAGUUCCAUUCAGUAUGGUGUCAAGUGUCACUGAGAAAGGGCAGUUCUUGGCGGAUGGUAAAGCUUGUACAGCAACAUUCAUCAGGAGACAAGUAGCAGGUAUCCUACUUGGUCUUGGCAUGUUUCGAAAGUUGCUUAGUCGGAUGGGGGUAAUGUUUAACUUGUCCAGCGAUGGUAGCUCGUUUAUUAAUUGAACCUGUCCCUGAUAAAUGUUGGAAUCAAUAUCAAGACAAGACGAGAUUUCUGACGUUGAUAAUUUGUAUGUUUUCAGGAGUAGGCCAUUGAUGUGUAUGUUUUCAGGAGUAGGCCAUUGAUGUGUAUGUUUUCAGGAGUAGGCCAUUGAUGUGUAUGUUUUCAGGAGUAGGCCAUUGAUGUGUAUGUUUUCAGGAGUAGGCCAUUGAUGUGAACAUAACUCCUGCAGUUGUCUAUUGGUUGCACAUGAUUAAGAACUCAAUUUGGAGCAUCAUUGACUGAGUUGACAUAGAAGGUUGUGGAGUCACUGCUCACAAGUCGCAUUUGAUGUCAGUUCUCCUGUAUCACUGUGACACAUAACAACACAACUUCCUAUGUGAACUUGGUGUUGGCUUGGAAACAAAUAUUUCAACCCUCUUGCAUAGUUUCCUUUCUUUGUGCGGGAACUUUUCCCAUGUCGACGUGAAUUGUCACCGAGAUGAACUGUCUGUUGUUGUCACCCUGACAAUCAUCAUCUUGUGCAUCUAGGUUAGGAUUUUAAAAUAUUGUGAUGUUGUAACCUGCAGUGAUCAAAGUUGUUUCCUAAAUCAUGAGGGCAGGGGACAGGGCUGUAGACGUAUUGUGGGGUCAUUCGGUUCUGCUGCUUGCACUUGAUACCCUUGAUAAUGAGUCACUUCAUAACCAAUAGGCAGCAAUAGUGAGUGGUCUGGUGUACAUCUCAAGACCAUGUCUAUUUCAUCCACAAAAUGAUAUGUUUGGUCCAGGACCACUCACUACUGCUGUCACCUUUUGGCACUAAGUCCCUUGUUGGAAGUGACAGACUCCCAGGUGAAUGAGACUGAUCCACUGUAGCAUGGAGAUUAUUCCUAUCAGUGUAUUAAGCAGAGACAGAGUGGCUCCACAAGACUUUGGACUGGUGGUGGCACUAGUCUGACAAUGAUGGUUGUGACCACUCAAGCUGGCACAACCAUUUCUAUACCUCAAACAGAUAUUGCUAUUGCAUUCAUAUAGUUUGUGGUAGUUUGUACCUCCCUUUGUAAAUUAGAUGUAAAACAAUUCAAGGGCCCAGCGGCCAAUGUCGUAAAAAUAAAUGCAUCAUUGAUUGGA